GCCUCUUUCAUCCGCGCUCAAAGUCUUCCUCUCUCUAAACCCAAAGCCAAAACCCUAGCUUCCUUCCUUCUCUCUCUCGCUUUCAAUGGAGUUCUGGGGUGUUGAAGUGAAGGCUGGAGAGCCCAUGAAGGUGAAGCCAGACCUUGGCAAUGUGGUGCAUUUGUCACAGGCUUGUCUAGGCGAGGCAAAGAAGGCAGCUGACAGUGUUGUCAUCUAUGGAAAGGCCAAAGAGCAGAAGCUUGUGUUGGGACAUCUUAUUCCUAGCCAAAUCCCUCAGUUGUCAUUUGAUUUGGUCUUUGACGAGGAGUUUGAGCUCUCCCACAACUGGAAAAACGGCAGUGUCCACUUUGCUGGUUAUCAAUCUGUGAUGGGUGAUGAUGAUGAUAAUUCGAGUGAGUAUGAUUCUUCAGAUUCAGAAGAAGAGGAGGAAGAACUCCCAGUGAUUGCUACAGAAAAUGGAAAAGUUGAAAAUGCUAAACCAGCUUCAGCUAAGAACAAUGCUGUCAAACCUGAAUCUUCUGGAAAGCAAAAGGUCAAGAUUGAAGAACCAACCAAAGAUGAGGUUGAUGAAGACGAGUCUGCUUCUGACAUGGAUGACUCAAUGGACUCAGAUGACAUGGAUGAUUCUGAUGAUGAAAGUGAGGAUGAUUCUGAUGAGGAAGAUGAAGAGACACCAGCCCCUAAGAAGCCUGAAUCUAAGAAGAGAGCCCAAGUCUCUGAAUCAGCCAAAACUCCUGUUUCUGCUAAAAAGGCAAAGAUAGACACCACUACUCCUCAGAAGACUGAUGCUAAGAAGGGAGGCCACACAGACACACCACACCCUGCUAAGAAGGGGAAGACUCCUGCUACUGAUAAAUCCAAGGCACAAACUCCAAAGUCUGCUGGUGGUAAUUUCUCUUGUGGCUCCUGCAGUAAGGCAUUCGGUUCAGAUGGGGCUCUUCAGUCCCACAACAAGGCCAAGCAUAGUGCUGGAAAGUAGAGUGCGAAUGUGGCUGAAGCACAGCUUGUUUUUGAUAUAUAAUAUUUUUGGUAUCGAGAGUACAGGGGAAGUUGAAGGGUUUUGGCAUUAGCGGAUUAUCCUCGGGAUUUAUUUAUGGCCUUGUUUUGUUUGAAACUUUUAACUGAAUGGUUUAGUGUGCUAUUUGGAUGUUUUCUCCUAAUUUAAUUAGUCAUUAUGCUUAUUCCCUGGUUCCUUCAUAUCAUUAUUCUAAUUUAAGUUAGAUUAUUGAAGUCUAUACUUCAGUAU